AGGGAGCGUGCUUCGAUGCAAGAGACGAGAAGCAAGAGUUAGGAGAGGGAGAGGGCGCGGUCACCGAUCGGUGGACCGAAGAGCGAUUGAUUGCUCGUGCGAGAGAGUCGCGAGGCAGGCAGGCCAGGGCACUGAAAGGCAGGCAAGGGAAGAGAGAAGAGAGGGAUUCGACUCUCGUCAUUCACGCACUUCUUGAGGUCUUGACUCCGCGAGAGGCAGACCUGAGAACGAAGAAGAAGAAGGGCGGAAGCACGAACGAAAAAACGGACGAAAUUGUCGGUUGCAUCGUUCUGUUUCCUGUUGUGUUUUCUUGACAGGAAUCGGUCAUUCUUUGCAUUUUCUUUCGGUCUGUUGCGCCUCGGGCCUCGGCCAGGCAAGAGCGAUUGAGCGAGCGAGCGAGGUCUUUUACACCGAUUGAGAGGAAGAGGCGAGCAACGGCGAGAGAAAAUCGCGAGCGCGCGUGCGCGACGGGGCCUUUGGGGUUCUGGUGGGCGUGCCCGGGUGGAGGAGAGAACAGGCGCCUCUUCGAGCAGUUGAGGAAUGAGUAGUGCCGUUGUCUUCGGUCCGUGCGAGCUGAGAUCGCUGCUUUCUUGGAGAAGUUUUCGGUGGAGGUUGUGACAGUUCCGCGCUCUGGGUUGUGGAAAGAGUGCGCGAGAGAUAAAGAGUGGCAAGGUUGUUUGUAGAGAGUGCGCGAGAGAUAGUCGAGAAACUCAUAAGAUCUGUGAUACUCUUGCCAAUCUGGAUCGGUUGGCGCAUCCUCGUUGAUACGGAAGGCGAGGCACUGGAGUCGAAAGAUGGAGACUGUGGUUCUGCCAGCGCAAGAUCACCUUGCACAAGAAAGAUACAGAUAUCAAAGUAGAGUCAUGUCGGGAAUGAUCUACCCUCUCGGUGGUCUUCCCCGGACGCGAAGGAAGGUCAAAACGCCUUCGCAAGUAUUCGCUGCUUCGAUACACUCGGAGAACGUCCGAGUCUCCUCGAAUCAGAACGUCCCUGCGGUCGACGCGCGGAGUUCGCCUGUGGGAGCCGCGGCUCAACUCGAUUUGACCUUCGGUCUCCUUCGCGGCGCCCGCUUCUCCUCCUCACCCCCGACACGCCACAUGUCGGGAUUGAAUACACCGCAAUACCGCCUACAUAGUACACCUUCUCAAGGACUCACCCGAAGUGAAUCGUCCCGAAGCGAGUCUACGUCACCGGUUCUGUCAAAGCAGCAACAAGCGGCCAGCCCUUUCUCGCCGUCGUCACUCUUGAACGGAAGCACUACGUGCCCUUCUCCCGUGGCGAGAACGCGGUCUGACGGUGAAUUGUUGUCCAGUUUGAAGAAAGGCGGCGAGGUUGAGAAGACCUCUGAGAGAAGAAAGUCCUUCGAGAAGAAUUUUGACAACAACAAGAAUGGAUACGAUAGGAAGAUGGUUGAAAACAAGUUGGUCGAGAAGUUGGUCGAAAGAUACGAGAAGCCUGUUGACAAGAGGAAGAUGUUCGAGAGGAAGGCGGUCGAGAAGAAAGCCCCUGCAUGCAAGAACCAGGAAGACAGACCUGUGAACCCGCCGAAGAAGGGUGUUAUCACAAUCUUGCAGAGACCCCAGACGAAGGAAGCCGCUGCUGAGAACCUUGCCAAGAUUACAGGCAUAGCAGUGGAGUCGCUUCAGUUGGCGAAGCCUAGCCGUGGUGGUGUUCCCGAGCAAGCUAAUGAGGAUACGACACGGAAAGAUGUCGAUCCAGUUUCUCAAGUCGUUGUUACCGAAGAUCUCCGAGACACGGAGGGUGGUUCGAGAGAAGCAGAGCCGGGCAGCAUUCACGCCACCAAGGGAAGGCCUGGAUCGCCGAAGGGUGGGAAGAAGAGAUCUGUCCGUGAGAACACCCGGAUUUCUGGAGCUCGUUCUACUGCCACCUCCCAGGUCGUCGAGAAGGCCGGUAGACAAGGCGUGGGGAAUGCUUCCAAUGGCCAUUCUGCACAAGCGUACUUUGAGAAGGAAGAGAAGCGAAAUGCGAACGAACAAAGGAGGGAGGCGAGCCCUGUCUCGUCCCACUCCAGUAGAGAAGGUAUCGGUGCCAGCAAGAACCCAGGGGUCCUGGUUCUAUCCCCGGAGGAUUAUUCCUCUGCCCACACUCUCUCAGAUACUCAGUCGAAGAAAAGCCACGCGAGAAACAACUCUUCGACCGAUGCUGGACACAGGUCAAGUGAGGAAUAUGUCGGGAAGCAACGUGGAGUUGCCAAGAGUGACAGCUUCGGUAGAUUCGAGAGUAGUUAUCCAGAGAUUCCCAGAGUUGUUAGAAGUGAAAGCUGUGAAAUCUUUCAUCCAUCAUCGCCCCCGACUGCAGCCGCCGAGAGAUGGGCUGGUCCGGCUUAUUCCAAUUCUCCUCCCCCGAGUACUCUUCCUUUUCCUACGUUCCCAACUCAACGCACCAAAUCGUCGCUUAAUGGUGUGUCGCUAGGUGGGCUCUUGGAUCCUCUCUUUCCUGAGGUGGUUCCUAUCAAGUCGUCUUCUGCCCCAUCUUCACCAACUCGUGUCUCCGCAGCGUUCUUUUCUGAUCCCAGAGCGGAGGCACCGCGUGUGGAUCCAUCUUCUGCAACGAAAGACUUGAGAAGAAUUUUGAACUUGGACGUGGAGUACACCGUGGGGCUAAUGGAAGCUGAAGUUUCUUUUCUUUCCUCGGAUGCGGAGCGCCUGGCGUCUGUUAUAAAAGCCAAGGAGCAACAAUCCGCCACACAAAGUUUGAAGAGGAUGUUGCAACUCGGAUGAUACGAAUGGCCGAGAGCCGUGUUCGUUCACCGAAAUGUGCAUUUAUCUUUGUAGAUUUUCUAAUCUUUGUUUUCCCAAUUUUUUUAGAUGAGCUCAUGUGAGUUCUCCGUAGGAUGUAUAUGGAGUGUACAGUGGGUGUAUAGAGGUGCUUGGAGAACUUGAAAUACUCAAAAUGGGUCAUGGUGCUUACAGUAAGUACUGCAGCUUUAUCCCCGCGUGGCUGGCUUUCACGAAUGCUGGGCGCCACUAAUGGGGACGAUGGAGCCUUGGAGACAAGUGUUGAGAGGAAGGCUGCUGUCAAGAUACUAGCGACGUUUGAAGGCAUGGUGGCAGUAACCUGCGUAUUGUGCUUUGUAAUCAAGACUUACCUUGGCCGUCUGCUAUGGAGCAGCAGGUCGGGGGUUGCUACAUCGAUGUAGUUCAGGACGUACUAUCCGGAAGUUUUUUGGUCUCCAGGAAAGACUGGUGAUCACUUCCCCGAUCGUCGGCCUUGGAGUUGUAUGUACUUAUAUUAAUAAGUAGUCAGAUACAGUAUUAUUGUGCUCAUUGAAUAGGAAAAGUCUCUAGGCCAGUUAGACAAUUUUUUUUUUUCAUCAAAUUUUUUUCCCGACGGUAGAUGCUACUUUUGACCCAGGAGUGGGUUGAUAGAGAUAGAUGUUCAUCCAUAGACAGGUUCGAUACUUCUUGUACCAUAGUCUCUGCUGUACGCAGUACCCGAUUAGACGAUGUUCCAGCAAAAUGUGUGAAAGGUUGGAGAUAGCUUUGUGAACUAAUUCGACGAUGGAGGGAGAAGCUGAAAUUCGGAAGAUUUGCUGUAUUCAAGUGGAUCCUCAGCAGAGGAAGUCCUGAUGACGGUGGUUGAAGCUGAAGAUGAAUAUCUCUACGCCGGUGCCGACGAGAGAUAUGCUUCGAACGGAUGUUGAAGUAUCACCUUAAGUCAUCAGGAGGAUUGGUCUCGAAGUGGUAUGGGAAGAAGGAGAUGGGAUUCGAAACAUCUGUGCUCUUCAACUAUCCUGUGUACGUGGACGUUGUGUUUUCCGGGAGGAAUGUUUUUACCCGAGAAGCAAGUGGAGCUAUGGCAAGAUCUGUGAAGUCUACAAUGUUAAAGCUUGGGUGGGAUUCUGUUGGGCCGUUGCCAGAUAGCAGCCUACUUUUUAAUUGGUCUGCUAUCUCAUGUAGGUUGUCAACGUGUCCUAAAAGCGUAGUCUUCUAGCAUCCAGAAGGCAAGAGGAGCUGCUCGUGUGCUGGUCGUGAACUAAGCAUGGAGGAGCUGCUGUUGUUGUAUGAUACGUGUGGUACUGAAAGCGGAAGCGGCCUUGGGUAGGACGCUGUGAGAAAAGUGGAGGUGUAGUAGAUCUUCGUUGGAAGAGUUCUCUCGGUUGUGAUUGUAGUAUUUGCCGGUAGAGAAUCAUAGUGUGCAAGCCCUUUUAUCUUUUUGGAGGGCGAGGAUGGAUUUAGUUAAGUUCUCGGAUGGAACGUCGAUUGGGAGUAGUCUUGACUUCCGCAAGGGGUUUCUCCUAGUGGUUCCGGAGGCGAAACACAAAUUUUUUGGUGUCAGUCUCGCACGGAGCACGGUGAUGAACUGUGGAGUGGUUGGCAUAGCAGCUUUGAGGAAGUUGCAUGAAAGAAAGGGAGGCUCUGUGUCGGACAUUUGUUUAACCACCAUUAGGGAGGUUAGAAUUGGAAGUCUACCUCGCGGUACGUAGCAACUUGCGCGCAUCCGGGUGGACGUGUCAUCUUCCUCGUUGAUAUGUCGAGCCGCUCUCACAGUAUAUACGUACAUAGUCACAUAGGUAUCGUAGGUCUGUUCAAUUCUCUAGAGAAUGAUCUAGGUGAUAGAGAGCAGCGAAAAGGCCCUUCAGAACGGUCGCUUCCAUCGGAAAGUAAAGGUGAGAGGUUUACUUGGCCGUUGACGUUCUGAAGGCAGGGAGGGGUCUGUCUGCUACAGGAGGCAGUCCCCCUCUUUGAACAAGGUGACCGAGGUUCGUGGAGUCAUGUGCUGGUCGUAUUCGGCACUGAUGGAGCUAUUGAUGGGGAGCUGUUAUUACCAUCAUGGAGGAAGUCGAAGAGUAGAUGUGGAAGGGAAACGGUCCGAGGGAACAUCACGAUCUGGUGAAGCUCUACUUGACGGGGAAGAAGGGAAAGAUUGAGACUCAACUCUCUUUCUUCCUUUUCAUGUUUAGAACUCAGCCAUGUUCAUUGCAUAGUCUGCAAGAUCAUGUCAGUAGUAAAUAAGAGGCCGUUUAUAUGUGG